AUGAGGCUGACGACAGCGCUCGGGCUGCUGAUCGCGGCGCAACAUGCGGAAGCCGUCGUCACUCCGAUGUUCCCGCGGGCGGAAUCUGGUGAUGGAUAUUUGUCGAUCCCCGUGGGAACCAUCAAGAGGCCUCACAACAAGGUUGGAAAGAGAAGCGCCAUUGACGCGGUGUUGGAGAAUAUGGAUUUCUUCUAUGCCAUCGAGAUCGGCCUAGGAACUCCUCCCCAGAACGUAACCGUCCUUGUCGAUACAGGAUCCAGCGAGCUAUGGGUCAAUCCGGACUGCUCGACCGCACCGUCCGAGUCGCAGGCCGAACAGUGUCAGCAGCUCGGCGAAUACAAUCCCAAUAGAUCGAGAACGCCGCCGGUUGGUCCGUUUGGGCGCGAGGAAAUCAACUAUGGCGACCCAACAGACCAGUCCACGCAGACGUCAGUCGACAUCACCUACUAUGCCGACACGUUGAGCUUUGGCAGGAUUCAGGUCAAGAACCAGACGUUUGGCGUUGUUACGUCCAGCGAGGGCCAGGCGCAGGGCAUCAUGGGCCUCGCGCCUGAUGUUCGAGGAGGAUUCCCAGGCGACCAACCAUACAGCUUGCUGCUGAACACAAUGGCCGACCAGGGAGUAAUUGCCAGCCGAGUCUUUUCCCUUGACCUCCGACAUUCCGACUCAGAGACAGGAGCCCUCAUCUAUGGCGGCCUUGAUCGAAGCAAAUUCAUCGGUUCUCUCGAGACUCGACCCAUCGUACCUGGCAUCCAAGGUGAAACACGUUUGGCCGUAAAUCUGACUACGCUGGGCCUCACGCAAAGCCGUUCGCAGAGCUUCAGGCUAAACAGCGCCGACACAACCGUGAUGCUCGACUCUGGCACGACGCUCAGCCGCAUGCACUCCGCUGCCGCAUUGCCUAUCCUCGAGGCUCUGGGCGCCCAAAACGAUGGCGAGGGCUACUUUUUUGUGCCGUGCUCGCUUCGUAACUCCGCUGGCAGUGUCGAUUUUGGCUUCGGCAACAAGGUCGUCAAAGUUCCCUUCUCUGAAUUCAUCCUAUCAGCAGGCGAUAGUGGCGGCCCCAGCGACUAUUGUUACGUUGGCUUGGUCCUGACGACGGACCAGCAGAUUCUGGGAGACACGGUGUUGAGGGCUGGAUACUUUGUAUUCGAUUGGGACAACCAGGAGGUUCACAUCGCCCAGGCCGCUGACUGUGGCAGUAGUGACAUUGUUGUCGCUGGCAGCGGAUCCAACGCCGUGCCCAAUGUGCAGGGCAACUGCAACAGCAGUGAUGCCGGUGUCACGGGCACAGGAAGCCCAACGGCCACGGGAAGCAGCCCGACUCGCACCAACAAUAUCCCGACUACGGCCGUCACAACUGUAUUUACGGUGACAUCAUGCCCAGUUUUCGAUGUCGGAUGCCGCACCGGCAUGAUCACGACCCAAACCAUUCAAGGAGCUGAAGCCACGACUCAGCCUAGCGCUACCAGCACUCCUAGUAGCAGCGGCAAUGGAGAUGGAGGAGACGAAGAUGCUGGUGUGCGACCUCCGGCCUUGACUUGGGUCUUUGUUGUGCUGGGUGCUUUGGCAAUGAUUUUUAACAUUGUAUAA